GCUAGCCGCGAAUUGAUUUUUAAAAACCCUCAUUCUCUCUUCGAAAAUCCUUUUCAAAUGCUCCUCCUACAGAAAAGACCUCAAAAACCUUUCCAUGGAUUCCUUGUCUCCUGCUUCCUUUCAUCCCCAUUCUCCUCAAACCCUAAUCUCCAAUCCCCACAACCCCUCCCCCAAAACCCUAGAUUCAACGACCCCGAUCCCAUCUCCGAUUCGGAAACCCCACCCAUCACCAUCCGAUCCAUCUCUUCCCUACUCAUAGACACGUCUCAACGGUCUCGAAACCUCGAUGCCUUGCUCCAUGACUUCAAGCCCCAUCUCAACUCAACCCUAGUCCUGAAAAUCCUGAUGAAUUACAAACACCUGGGCAGAUCCGCUACUCUUGAUUUCUUCUCAUGGGCCGCAUCUGAAUUGAGCUUUGACCUCGACGAUUCCGUGAUCGAGUACGUGGCUGAUUUCCUGGGCCGUCGGAAGCUCUUCGAUGAUCUCAGGUGCUUGCUGUGGGCCGUCUUAUCGGCAAAGGGCCGGGUCUCGUGCCGAACAGUCUCAAUCUGUAUCCGGUUCUUGGGUCGGCAUGGGCGGACCCGAGAAGCCCUCUCCUUGUUCAAAACGAUCGAAUUCGAAUUCAAUUGCGUUCCGGAUAAUAUGGUUUUUAACAACAUGUUGUAUGUGUUGUGUAAGAAGGAGAGUCCGGGUGACUUGAUCGACAUUGCGUUUGCAAUAUUUAAGAGAAUCGAGCAUCCAGACGUGUUUUCUUACAGCAAUAUUCUCGUGGGCCUUUGUAGAUGUGGGAAAUUGGAGAGAGCCAUCAGUGUUUUUUCCGAAAUGGGUAAGAACGGUUUGGUCCCAACGAGGACCGCCAUUAACCAUCUUGUGGGAGAAUUGUGUACAUUGAGUAUGAAAGAGGAGCGUAUUGAGAAGGUUAGGGUGAGGGAUUGUCGUAGGCCAUUUGAUAUUCUAGUGCCGAAUAUCGGUGCAAGGGAUAGCUUGCGGCCUGCUCUUGAGGUUUUUUUGGCUGGUUGUGACAUGGGUAUCUUUCCUAGUGCAUUUGUUGUCAGUCGGCUUGUUUCAGAGCUUUGUCGAUUAAGGAAUAUGGAAGAAGCUGUAGAGGUUUUGAAGGUUGUUGGGGACAGGAAGAUGAGUUGUGUUGAAGAUUGUUAUGUGCUUGUCAUACAGGUUUUAUGUAAAGCUCGUAGGAUCAAAGAAGCUUGUGAUUUGUAUGAAAGGAUGGUUUCCUGUGGAUUGAAUCCUAAGCUUGAGAUCUAUCGUUCAAUCAUUUGCACUCUGUGUAAAAUGGGGAAUGUGAGUGAAGCAGAGAAGUACUUUGAGAUUAUGAACAGGAAAAGGUGCACACCUGAUAGUGUGAUGUUUACUGUGUUAAUUCAUGCAUACUGUGGUAUUCAAAAUUGGGAGGCAGCAUAUGGGCUGUUGAUGGAGAUGUUGGGUUUGGGAUGGUGUCCGCAUCACCACACUCAUAGUCUGGUGGACAGCCUUCUGAAACAACAAGGGCGGGAUGAUUUGAUGCUGAAGUUGGAGGGGAAGCUGGAAACUCAGAUGUUACACAAAUAUUGCAAAAUGGGUAAGCUUCAAGAAGCAUAUAAUAAGCUGAACUUGAUGCUUGAAAGGGGAUUUUACCCACCAAUCUACACAAGAGAGGUUUUUGAACGGGCAUUUGAGAGAUCUAGCAAGAAGAAGAUGGCUCGGGAAUUGUUAGAGAAAAUGGACAAAGUUGUUAUUGGAAGUAACCCCCAGACCUAAACAGAGUUAAGAUAUGCAUGCUAUGAUUUCUAUGAAGUACAUCCUAGAAAUCGGUUUCGAUUGAUGA